CCAAAAAAUGGCGGAGUCGGAGGCAAUCAGGGCAGAAUGCGAGCGAAUCUUCAACCGCUUCGACUGCAACGGGGACGGCAAGAUCUCGCUGUCGGAGUUGGAGAACGCUCUCCACGCACUCGGCUCCUCCUCGCCGGAGGAGGUCCGGCGCCGUAUGUCGGAGAUCGACAAGGACGGCAACGGCUUCAUUUCCCUCGAUGAACUGUUCGAGUUUCAGAGGGCUAAUCCCGAUUUGAUGAAGGAGGUCUGCAAAAGGCUGUAGCUUUCUUUCUCUCUUUAUUUCUUUCUUUCUUUAUUAUUAUUAUUAUUAUUAUUAUUAUUAUUAUUAUUAUUAUUAUUAUUUCCAAUUCCAAUUCCAAUCAUUUGGGAAUUCUUAUCAAU